UAGCUAGCUAGUGGAUGGAGCACAAGACAUCCAUUGCAAACAUCGUUCUCCAAUCAAAUUAACAAGAAAAGAAAAAAAAGAAAGAUUCAUUCUUAAUGGGAAGCACCAAAAGUGAAUUGUACUUUGUCUUUCUGAUCUAUGAUCAAGAAUACGAGCGACUUCGAACUAAUCGAACCAAGAGUGGGGCAAAUAAGCUUGAUUUGUACCUUAGUAGAAAGCAUGAUGAGCUUUUAGCAAGCACUCUAGAGCCAGGAAGCUACAAGAAGAUAUCUUCUUUUGCUAUUGUUGAUGGUUUUACAGUGGAAAUCACCGAGGAUCAAGUCAAUGUGCUCAGAUCUGCAAAAAGAGUGAGAAUUGUGGAGAAAGAAGAAAAAUUUGUUUUGUAAUUCUUAGCAUAUAUAUAUUAAUAUUUGAGAUCAUUGUGUUUUGAGGAGAACAAUGAAAUGGUUUUGUUUAAUUAAUUUUUCAUAUAUUAAAUUUGUUGUAUAGAUGGUAAUAAUGCUCUAGGCCAGAGUAGACGAGGUAUGGGAAGCCAAGGUAGAUUUGUGUUUGAUUAUCAUUUGUUUUUUGUUUAAAUUAAAGGGUCAUGGGGAUACCAAAAUUAGCAAUUUUGCAUUACAAAUAACAGUUGAAUUCACUAUA